CACGGUCUGGCGGAUACAGAUAACAACAUCCACUUUUUGCGUGCGUGUUAAGUCUACUUUCUUAUUUCCAUAAUAUAUCUGUCAUUGUAUUGAAAUUUAAAAAUGAAAUAAAAUCAGAUUAUCGAAAACAAAACAGGAUAACUUCGAACCUAGGUGAGCAGUGUUCUACUAAACACGUUAGUUACGGAAACCAUGUGUUGGCGAAAAAAGUGUAAUGCCCAUCUGCUGAUGUUGGCAGUAUGGUUAAGCCUAGAUGUCAUUUCUCACGUGGUAGCCGUCGUAGAUGAUACAGAAAUUGCUUUUAUGCCUUGGGAUCAAGCUAACGAAGCUUUUUUAGACGACAAUACAUUUUUAUAUCAAACAUUUGGAGAUUCCGGCCGGUUUCAUACAGAACCUCGCUAUAUCGUGCUGGCUUCCAAAUACGUUCGUCCAGGACAGGUUUAUCGAGUAUCUGUUACGAUUUUGUCCUCUCCGCUCCCUCUGGUGGUAAGAGCGUCUUUACAAAGGGACACCGAGGAAAUAGCAGCCGACUCUACUAAAACCACGGCUGGAUACACGAACACGUUAUUAAUGGAG